CUCGCAGCCGGGUUUUGCCUUGUUCUCAUGGAUUGGUCGUUCUAGAAUUCGAGGGAGGAUUCGAGCAAAAGCAAAUCUGAGAAGCUUGAGACUUUCGUGGUGGUCGUUACUGUGCCCGUGUCAUCAUCACCCGAGAGGCAAGCUUUUUUCGGUCCGUUUUUCAGCCGUGAGAAGUUCGACGAGCCAAAACUUCAAAUACCGGCGCUCAUCCUCGACCGGUGACGAGUUUCGGAACAUCUGCUCGCUCGCUCGAUCAUCGUUUGUGUUCUGGAAGUUCGCUUUGUCAAGAAACUAACUCGUCCAUCAUCCAUCGACUCCUAUCAAUCAAUGGCGGCAAAUCCAGCACCAGACCUUCAAGAGUCGUUGGCCAUGGCCACAAAUCCGAACCAGUCCUUUGCUGGAAGAACCGGAGAUACUCAAGCUCCAGAUAUAGAAUUGGUUGUUCAGAGGCCGAAGGACACGUCGAACAGAUAUCCGAACUCCUCUGCUCCCGACAGUUCGCUUGUCGCAGGUGACCUACACUCCCCUCAACAAGCAUGUAAUGGCCUGCGGUUCUCUGGCGUAUUUGACAUUGCCCGGGCUGUAAAGUUUUUACUUUUCACCCUCGUCGUCUCUGCGGUUUCGGGCGCCGCGCUCCUGAUUUAUGUUGCCCUUGACCAUCCCAGUCCUGUUCUCAUAAUCUCAGCAUCUUUAUUCACCGCGGUGGUAUCUGUUACUCUGUUCUUCCUGAUAGUCGGAUGGACACGCGGCAAUGGCAAAAUGGUGCGCAUUGGUGAGUUACUGGCCUACCUCGAAUUCUAUUUGAUGAUGUUCUUGUUCGUACUUGCGAAGAGGUGCAUUGGUGAACGGUGAGAGCAAGAGGAAGCGGGGUCAGCGUUUGCACAGUAGAUUUUCUUUACUUCGGUCUUUUGUUUUUUCUUACGCUUAGGUUUCAGAAAGUAAUUUUGCUACUUCUAAGGUUUUGUGAAAUUUAGUGGUACUACUGUCAAUUAUUCUAAAAAUUU